AUGAGUUCCAUGAUGCGCACGCCGCGCAGCACCAGUCGCAUGAGUGUCAGCAGUAAACACGGGGGAAGUCGCGCGUCUGAUGAAGAUGGCAAGACAGCGGUCAAAGUCGCUGUCCGUGUGCGACCUCCGCUCAAUCCCACCGAUCCUGGUUACGAGUUAAUUCCCCAGCGCUUCCAGCGGUCCAUGGUGCAUGUCACGGCUUCGACCAGCCUAGCCGUGGAUGUGCCUCAGGGCCGCAAGCUGUUUGUUUUCGACCGCGUUUUCCCCGAGACCAUUGAGCAGGAGGGCGUCUGGGAGUAUCUCAGUGACAGUGUGAACUCUUUUGUUCAGGGAUACAAUGUCUCCAUCCUGGCCUACGGGCAGUCCGGCGCGGGCAAAUCAUACACCAUGGGCACCUCGGGCCCCAAUGAACAAAAUAAUUCAGAGGCAAUGGGUAUCAUUCCCCGUGCCGCCCAGGCCCUCUUUGAUAAACUGGAUGGAUCCCCCAAGCACAACCGCAAUGGCUCCAGCUCAACGGGCCUCCGUACUCCGCAGCGAUAUUCCAUGAGCUCUGCCACAAGUUUUGGGAAGUUGAAUGCGGAGAAGAACUGGCAGCUCAAGGCUACUUAUGUGGAGAUCUACAACGAACAACUCCGUGACCUGCUUCUGCCAGAAUCUACUCCCGUCAGCGAUCGCAGCACGGUCACCAUCCGUGAGGAUGCCAAAGGCCGCAUCCUCCUGACUGGCCUCCACCAAGUGAACAUCAACUGCUUCGAAGACCUGAUCGGGGCUCUCAACUUUGGCUCCACCAUCCGUCAAACUGAUUCUACCGCAAUUAACGCCAAGUCCUCUCGGUCGCAUGCAGUCUUCAGUUUGAACCUGGUGCGCAAGUCGGCCUCAAAUCCGACCAGCUCCCCCAAGGAGAAGCGCAUGUCCAUGCCAGUGGACUCGUUGCCCAGCGGAGAGACCGUCACCGUGGACAGCAAGCUCCACUUUGUUGAUUUGGCCGGUAGCGAACGUCUGAAGAAUACCGGUGCCUCUGGUGAGCGGGCUCGCGAAGGUAUCUCUAUCAACGCGGGUCUGGCUGCACUGGGCAAGGUCAUCUCGCAGCUGUCUUCGCGCCAGUCUGGCUCUCACGUCUCAUAUCGUGACUCCCGCCUGACCCGCCUCCUGCAAGACUCAUUGGGCGGGAACGCCAUCACAUACAUGAUUGCCUGUGUGACCCCUGCGGAGUUCCAUCUCAGCGAGACUCUGAACACAGUCCAGUACGCGCAGCGAGCCAGAGCUAUCCAGAGCAAGCCCCGCAUCCAACAGAUCGCCGACGAGGGCGACAAGCAGGCAUUGAUCGAACGGCUCAAGGCCGAAGUGGCCUUCCUGCGCCAACAGAUCCGGAAUUCGGAGGGUUCCGGACGUCGCGAGGCAGGAUCUCCGGAGCGAAGCGAACGCAAGAACGAACGGGAGAUCAACCUGCAGAACCAGCUACUCGACGUCCAGGAAAGCUACAACGCGCUCAGCCAGCGGCAUGCUAAGCUGAUCUCGGCGAUGGCCAACGACGAUAGCACUGCAAAUGGAGACCUGGAUGAUGCAACCAGCGACAUCGGCAAGAGCUCCAUUGAGCGCAUGCAGCGCUCGAAAUCUUUCGCCGAAUCUGUGGAACAGGUGGUCCUUGAAUACGAGAAGACCAUCCAAACCUUGGAGACUUCGCUUUCCAACACCCGCUCGUCUCUGUCCACUACCGAGAGCACUCUUUUGGAGCGUGAGACCAGGUGUGCCUACGUCGAGACUGUCAAUCAACAGCUCCAGUCGCGCGUUCAGAAGCUAUUGGAUCGCGAAGCCAGCAGUGAGGCCUACCUCCAUGAAUUGGAGUCUAAGAUUGAUGGUCACUCGACCGGCGAAGAAAAGCAUGCUGCAAUCAUUUCUGAGCUCCGCAAGGAGUUGAUCCGUGCCCGCGAUGGCGAAAUUGGCUGCGAGGAAUACAUCUCGACCUUGGAAGAGCGUCUCGCGGAGGCUGACCAAGAUAUGGAACUGAUGCAACGCGAGGUGAUGCGCCUGGAGCAUGUGAUUGAGCGCCAGCGCGGCCUUGGAAAGCUCGACAACCUGCUGAAUGAGCUGGACAACCUGCACCAGAACGGUGAGGAGGAGCACGACGGGCCGAACGGCACCGAGACCACAUCGUCGCCCGUGCCAGUCAAGUACCAUAGGCACACCCCAUCGCUGGACGUUCUUAAUGAAGCUGCCGAGACGGCUAUUCCCGAGUCUGAUGAGGGCCUGAUUGACCCGAUCCCUGAGACCGAGGAUGAGUCGACGGCGGAACUUGAGCAGACCGCUCCUGGUGAGGAUCUCAAGGCACUGGAGGAUGCGACCACCCAGCUGGAGGCGCGACGCUCGGUAUCGGUUCGUGAAGAACCAGUGUCCAGCCCCGCCCAGAGCAAAUUUGUUGCCGACAAGCUCGAGACUGUCUCCCAGGAGCUUUUCGAUCUGCGUCUCCAGCAUGAGACCACCGUCACUGACUACGAACUGCUCGAGACCAAGUACGAGGAGGCUCUGAAAGCCCUCGCCGAGCUCCGACAGGACAAGAUGGACGAGAGCCGCCGCCCGGCGCCUCAUACCCAGAAUGAUUCCUCGCGUCCAGUCUCUUUUUUAGACAUGGGCAGCGCUCCGACCUCGAAGUCUGGAGCACAACACUCAUUCUCGCAAUCGCUCUCCUCGGAGUUGUCCUCGGCAGAGGCGUCAGCUGCUUCGCGCGGAGCAUUUGAAGAUUCUAGGAUCGACACUUCAGAUGACGCUACCACACCACCGGCAUCGAGUGUGGUUGCGCCAGAUGCCGCCGAUGUUGACAGCAUGCGCAAGAUGAUUGCGGACCACCAGGAGAGUGCUGACCUCAUGUCUGAGAAGUACGCCCAGCUGCAGUCUGAGCACGAGGAGAUUCUCAGCCUUGUUGACAGGCUCAAAGCCGAGGUCCAGCGCCCCAAGGCCAGCUCUCCCACAACACCUGGUUUCAAGAGCCCUAUGAUCCGCCGCAUGACCAGCCAAACCCGUAUCACCAACAACAGCCUUCUGUCCGGCGUGGACCGCGCUCACCGGUCGCUUGGAGCCCUGCGAAACAUUGGAAUCCAGGAAUUCUCGGACCGACCGGAGCUCAUGCAAAAUUUUGAGCUUCAUCUGGAUUCUACUAUGCAUGAAAUCCACAGCCGCGUCGAGCGUCUUCAAGCCUUGGAGGCUGAGAACCAGAGCGUGAAGAGAGAGAUGGAGAUGAAGUCUACUAUCAUCUCUGGGCUCACACGCGAACGGACAAGCUUGUCCGGCGCUUCGUCCAUGGAUAUGGCCGUGGUUUCGCAACUCCGCGAGCAAGUUAUGCAGCAGGAGAGCCAGAUCAAUGAACUCCGCAUGGCCCACGAGAACCGUGAGAAGUCGUUGCUGGCCGAGAUUGAGACUCUCAACGGUCUCCUGAAGUCGCAGGAGGCUGCCGCCGAGGCCCUGGACGCGGGUGCGGAGGAGCAGCAGAAGAAGAUUGGCGCUCUCGAGGGUGAACUGACCGAGUGGAAGGGCAAGCACCAGAGUGCCGUGGGCAAUCUGCAGUCCUCCCAGACGCAGCUCACCUCCACCCUCGCUGAGCUUGAGACCGCACUUGCUUCGGUAGAGGCUAUGCGGGCCGAGCGCGCUGCUGCAGGCAGCUCAGCUGACAAGGAGGCCAUCGCCAAGGAGCUUGAGGCCGAGCGCGUCAAGCAGCAAGAGCUUGUGAAUGGCUUGAACGCGGAAAUUGAUGGGCACAAGUCCACCAUUUCCUCCCAAUUGGAACAGAUUGCCAACUUGGAGAAGUCGCAUACUGCCGCCCAGGCAGAACUGUCUGCGCAACUGGCUUCCAAGGGAGGCGACGGAGAUGCUGCCGACGCCCAUCGCUCCCGUAUCGCCGAGCUCGAGCAGGAAAUUUCUACCCAAAAGUCUGCCAUUGACUCGCACAAGACUGACUUGGAGUCGCUGCAAGAGUCGCACACGCGUCAAUUGGCGGAGUUGGAGGAGCGCACUCGCGCUGCCGCUCAGAGUGAGCAUGAGUCGCGUCUUGCCGAGAAGGAUGCCAAGUACGACCAGUCCAUGGCUGCUCUGCAGAAGGAGAUUCGUGAAUCUCGCGACGAGUUGGUGAAGCUGCUCCAGGCUGUGUCUGGUCUGCUCAACUCCGACGUCACGGCAGAGACGUUGGCCGAUCAGAUCCAGGACGUCUUGGCUCAGAAGCAACACUUCUCCGACAAGUACGCCGAGCUGAUGGAUACGAAUGGCGAUCUUCGCAAACAGCUUGAAGCCAGCAAUAAUGACGCUGUUGUUGCGGAUCUGGAGAAGAAGAACGCCACCCAGAACGCCAAGGUGAAUGAGCUGGCUCUCUUGGUUGCCACCCUGGAAGAAACCCUUGUGCAGAAGGACGACCUGGUGAAGAAGAAGGAGGCUUUGGUCCAGGAGAUCACAGUCGAGAAGGAGAAGAGUGUUCGUCUCGUGGAGGAGCUGGAGGAGCAGAUCACCAACAGCUUCGACCAGCAUAACAACCGUCUGUCCGUCAUCCAGCAGGAGCGGGAUCACGCUUUGGAGGAUGCGAAGGCCAAGAUCGCCAUCUACGAGAAGGACAUUGAAAAUUACCGCCUGCGGAUUGAGCAACUUGAGCAGCUCUCUCACAUCCAACCUCCGCAAGAGCACAUCGGCGGCCUCUCUUCCAUCCCCUCCGCCAGCUAUUCCCCUCCCCCUCUGCCGACCAUCGCCUCAACUGCCAACGGCACCGCAGGCAGCGUGUCUCCGCCCAGCUCUCGGCACGCUAGCAAGGAGCUGGUGAAUGCCCAGCUUGUCGAGGAUCAGGAAGCCCGUAUCCGAACCAUUGAAAAGCAUCUGUAUGCCGAGAAGCAGUUGACUGCUACCUUGGAGGAGGCCCUCGGUGACCUGGAGACCCAGAGCAACAAGGUCAAGUCUGACUGCGACGGCUGGAAGAAGAAGGCGUGGCAACUUGAGGAUGAGCUGUCCACUCUGCGCAAGGAGCGCAACUCCGCCCGACUUUCUCUGCAGACUGUUGAGGAAGAGCGCAGCGCUCGGAAGGAGGCCGAAGCCGCCCGGGCUCAGCUGGAGGAGCGGAUGAACGCUCUCAACAAAAAGAAGAAGAAGAGCACGCUCAACUGCUUCUAA